CUCUCCUCCCCUCCCCCCCCCGCUAUUUAUUUAUUGGGGGAGGGGGGUGUUGCCGUUGAUUGAAAGGGUAUUGAUUUGUAUGUAUUUCUCCCAGCGCUGGUGGCCGCCGCCGCCCCUGCCACCACUACUGCUGCUGCUGCUGCUGCCGCCACCGCCGAUACCGCUGCUAUUGCCGCCGCCGCCGCCACUUCAGUUGCUACAGUAUUUCCUAUAGUGUUGUUCAGCUCCACCAAACAUGUCGGCUCCUGUCGGGCCCCGGGGCGGCCCUGUUCCUCCUCCUCCUCAGCAGCCUAUGCAGCCCGAGAUGCCCGACCUCAGCCACCUCACCGAGGAGGAGAGGAAAAUUAUUCUAGCAGUCAUGGACAGGCAGAAGAAAGAAGAGGAAAAGGAGCAAUCGGUGCUCAAAAAGUUGCACCAGCAGUUUGAAAUGUACAAGGAGCAGGUCAAGAAGAUGGGGGAAGAAUCCCAGCAGCAGCAGGAGCAGAAGGGCGAUGCUCCCACUUGUGGCAUCUGCCACAAAACAAAGUUUGCUGAUGGAUGUGGCCAUAACUGUUCAUAUUGCCAAACGAAAUUCUGUGCACGCUGUGGAGGGCGAGUGUCAUUACGCUCAAACAAGGAGGACAAAGUGGUUAUGUGGGUAUGUAACCUGUGCCGAAAACAACAAGAAAUCCUCACUAAAUCAGGAGCUUGGUUCUAUAAUAGUGGCUCGAAUACACCCCAGCACCCUGACCAACAGGCUCUCCGAGGGAUGCGGAAUGAAGAGGCUCCUCAGGAGAAGAAAGCAAAGCUACAUGAACAGGCUCAGUACCAGGGCACUUCAGGGGACCUGCCUGCCCCUUCAAUAGACAAAAGCCGACCUCAUGGGCUUAUGAGGCAGGACUCAAUUAAAAACGGGUCAGGAAUGAAGCACCCCAUUUCAAGUGACACCACUUCAGACAGGAAAAGGAGCCCAUCAAUAUCCAGGGAACAGAAUAGAAGAUACGAUCAACAGGAAGAGAGAGAAGAAUAUACUCAGUAUGCUACAUCAGACAGUGCAAUGCCUAGAUCUCCUUCAGAUUAUGAUGAAAGGAGAUCUCAUCAUGGACCUCAAUUGUUUGAAGAACCUGAACAUAUAGAUUAUAGAGACUCCAACAGGAGGAGUCGUAGACGUUCCCAAGAGUAUAUAGAUGAUGAGGAUGUGGAGAAUAGGGAUGAAUAUGAAAGGCAAAGGAGAGAGGAGGAAUACCAAGCACGCUACCGAAGUGACCCUAAUUUGGCUCGUUAUCCAGUAAAGCCACAGCCUUACGAAGAACAAAUGCGUAUCCAUGCUGAAGUGUCCCGAGCACGACAUGAGCGAAGGCAUAGUGAUGUUUCAUUGGCCAAUACAGAGCUUGAAGAUUCUAGGAUUCCUAUGCUAAGAAUGGAGCGGCAAUCAAGACAAAGGUCCACCUCAGAGCGCAGGGCUGUGAUGGAAAACCAGCGCUCUUAUUCAAUGGAAAGAACUCGAGAAGCUCAGGGACCCAGUUCUAAUCGUCAGAGGACCACAAAUCAUAGCCCUCCUACCCCUCGGAGGAGUCCAAUCCCUAUUGAUAGGCCUGAUAUGAGGCGUACUGACUCAUUAAGGAAACCACACCACUUAGAUCCCAGUUCUGCUGUCCGGAAAACAAAACGUGAAAAAAUGGAAACCAUGUUAAGGAAUGAUUCCCUUAGCUCAGAUCAGUCUGAGUCAGUAAGACCUCCACCACCAAAGCCUCAUAAAACAAAGAAAGGAGGUAAAAUGCGUCAGGUUUCCUUGAGUAGCUCAGAAGAGGAAUUGGCUUCUACACCAGAAUACACAAGCUGUGAUGAUGUUGAGAUUGAGAGUGAGAGUGUAAGUGAAAAAGGGGACAGUCAAAAGGGAAAAAGAAAAACUAGUGAGCAGGCAGUUUUGUCCGACUCUAACACCAGGUCUGAGAGACAAAAGAAAAUGGUGUCCUUUGGUGGCCACUCUUUGGAAGAGGACUUGGAAUGGUCUGAGCCUCAGAUUAAGGACUCUGGGGUAGAUACCUGUAGUAGCACGACUCUAAACGAGGAGCAUAGCCAUAGCGAUAAGCACCCUGUUACUUGGCAGCCAUCCAAAGAUGGAGAUCGUUUGAUUGGUUGUAUUUUAUUAAACAAGCGCCUGAAAGAUGGAAGUGUCCCCAGAGAUUCAGGAGCGAUGCUUGGAUUGAAGGUUGUAGGAGGAAAGAUGACUGAAUCAGGUCGACUCUGUGCAUUUAUUACCAAAGUUAAAAAAGGAAGUUUAGCUGAUACAGUGGGACAUCUUAGACCAGGUGAUGAAGUAUUAGAAUGGAAUGGAAGGCUACUCCAGGGAGCUACAUUUGAGGAAGUUUACAAUAUCAUUCUAGAAUCUAAACCAGAACCACAAGUGGAACUUGUAGUUUCAAGGCCUAUUGGAGACAUCCCGAGAAUCCCUGAUAGUACACAUGCACAACUGGAAUCCAGCUCUAGCUCAUUUGAAUCUCAAAAAAUGGAUCGUCCUUCCAUUUCUGUUACUUCUCCUAUGAGUCCUGGAAUGUUGAGGGAUGUUCCACAAUUCCUGUCUGGACAACUUUCAAGCCAAAGCCUUAGUAGAAGAACAACGCCUUUUGUUCCUAGGGUUCAGAUAAAACUAUGGUAUGAUAAAGUUGGUCAUCAAUUGAUAGUUACAAUUCUGGGAGCAAAGGAUCUCCCUUCCAGGGAAGAUGGGAGACCACGGAAUCCCUAUGUCAAAAUUUACUUUCUUCCGGAUAGAAGUGAUAAAAAUAAACGAAGAACUAAAACAGUAAAGAAAACAUUGGAACCCAAAUGGAAUCAAACAUUCAUUUACUCUCCAGUUCAUCGGAGAGAAUUUCGAGAAAGAAUGUUGGAGAUUACUCUUUGGGAUCAAGCUCGAGUCCGAGAGGAAGAAAGUGAAUUUUUAGGAGAGAUUCUAAUUGAAUUAGAGACAGCAUUAUUAGAUGAUGAACCUCAUUGGUAUAAACUUCAGACACAUGAUGUUUCUUCAUUGCCACUUCCCCACCCAUCUCCAUAUUUGCCUCGCCGACAGCCACAUGGGGAGAGCCCAACGCGAAGAUUGCAAAGGUCUAAGCGAAUAAGUGACAGUGAAAUCUCUGACUAUGACUGUGAUGAUGGAAUUGGUGUAGUGUCAGAUUAUCGACACAAUGGAAGAGACCUUCAGAGUUCAACAUUGUCAGUUCCAGAACAAGUGAUGUCAUCAAAUCAUUGUUCACAGUCUGGGUCCCCUCACCGAGUAGAUAGUAUAGGAAGAACUAGAUCAUGGUCACCUAGUGUCCCUCCUCCACAAAGUCGAACUGUGGAACAGGGACUUCGAGGGACACGACCUUCUAGUGGACAUUAUAACACUAUCAGCCGAAUGGACAGACAUCGUGCCCUAGAUGACCAUUAUUCUCCAGAGAGAGACAGUCAUUAUCUCACUCUACCUCGCUCCAGAUACAUUGAUCAUCAUCACAGGGAUAUCAGGAGGAAUAGGCAGGAGAGAAGAGAGACUAAUACAUAUUUUGAUGACAUUCCCCACAGCCCUGAAAGGAAUUGUGAAGCAGCAGAUAGACAGCCAUAUCACAGAUCCAGAUCAACAGAACAACGGCCUGUCCUAGAGCGGACCACCUCCCGCUCCAGAUCCACUGAGCGUCCUGAUACAAACCUCAUGAGGUCGAUGCCUUCAUUAAUGACUGGAAGAUCUGCCCCUCCUUCACCUGCCUUAUCGAGGUCUCAUCCUCGAACUGGGUCUGUCCAAACAAGCCCAUCAAGUACUCCAGUGGCAGGACGCAGGGGACGACAGCUCCCACAGCUCCCGCCAAAGGGGACCUUGGAGAGAAACAAUGGAGACAAGGAGAUAGAACCUUAUGAAGGUUCUAUGGAUAUAGAGGAGAGAAACCGGCAAAUGAAAAUUAAUAAGUACAAACAGGUAGCAGGAUCAGACUCCAGACUGGAACAAGAUUACCAUUCGAAGUAUCGCUCAGGGAGAGAUCUUCAUCGAGGGGCGGACAAUAUUUCCACUAAAUCUUCAGACAGUGAUGUAAGUGAUGUGUCAGCUGUAUCAAGGACUAGCAGUGCAUCUCGUUUCAGCAGCACAAGUUAUAUGUCUGUCCAAUCAGAAAGACCAAGAGGAAAUAAGAAAAUCAGAUCAAAAGAAAUAGAGGAGGGUGGGCAAGAAGGGGAUAUGCAUGAGGAGAUAGUUCCUGAGGAAAAGAAACAGGAAGAAGAACUGAAGGAAGAAGGAAGUAUUGAAAAAGAACAAGGGGAAAAGCCAACAAAAAAUUCAAAUAAUGAAAAAAACAGAGAAUCAGGAGGUGAGGAAAAAAAGCAAGAUAAAACUGAGGAAAGUAAAGAAACAGAACAGUGUAAUUCAAAAGAUUUACAAAGACGAUUCUCUCAAGAUGAUGACAGUGUGUUUACAUCCAAAAUGCAAAGCAGACAGAUGGGCAUCUCAGGAAAGAAUAUGACUAAAAGCACCAGCAUCAGUGGGGACAUGUGCACAAUAGAGAAGAAUGAUGGCAGCCAAUCUGAUACCGCAGUGGGCACCAUGGGCACCGGUGGCAAAAAGCGGCGCUCCAGCAUUGGGGCAAAAAUGGUAGCUAUUGUGGGUCUCUCACGAAAAAGCCGCAGUACAUCCCAGCUCAGCCAAACUGAAGCUGGAGGCAAAAAACUAAGGAGUACUGUCCAGAGGAGUACAGAAACUGGUCUGGCAGUAGAAAUGAGAAACUGGAUGACUCGACAGGCAAGCCGCGAAUCUACAGAUGGCAGCAUGAACAGUUAUAGCUCUGAAGGAAAUUUGAUUUUCCCUGGUGUUCGAUUGGCCUCAGAUAGCCAAUUCAGUGAUUUUCUAGAUGGCCUUGGUCCAGCUCAGUUAGUUGGGCGUCAAACAUUGGCCACACCAGCUAUGGGUGACAUUCAGGUUGGAAUGAUGGACAAAAAGGGACAAUUGGAGGUAGAAAUAAUUCGGGCCCGUGGCCUUGUUGUAAAACCAGGUUCAAAGACACUGCCAGCACCAUAUGUAAAGGUGUAUCUCUUAGAUAAUGGAGUCUGCAUAGCCAAAAAGAAAACAAAAGUGGCAAGAAAGACACUGGAACCACUUUACCAACAACUGUUGUCAUUUGAUGAAAGCCCACAGGGAAAGGUUUUACAGAUCAUUGUUUGGGGAGAUUAUGGACGAAUGGAUCAUAAAUCCUUUAUGGGAGUGGCCCAGAUACUUUUAGAUGAAUUGGAGUUGUCUAAUAUGGUGAUUGGAUGGUUCAAACUGUUCCCCCCUUCUUCCCUAGUAGAUCCAACUUUGGCCCCUCUGACUAGAAGAGCUUCCCAAUCAUCUUUGGAAAGUUCAACUGGACCUUCUUAUGCUCGUUCAUAGCAUCUGUAAAACUGUCAUAGCAACCAGCGUUACAAAAAAAAAAAAAAAAAAAAAAUACAGGUCGCAAACCCUGGUAACACUGCAUGCUUACUGUUGUGUCUCCUGAGCCUAUUUCUAGGGAUACAAAGCGAUCCUGUGUUCUCAGAGGAAGCUGCACACAUUGUGCCCUAAAGAAGGCCCUCAGGUGAAGGAGUGGAGCUAUGAAGAACUAAUGGGUUUGGAGUUCAGUGACACUCAUUUUUUGGUACAAUAUGAAGCCAUGGAUUAAUAUGAAUCUAUCUCAUGCAACAAACAUCCUUUUCAAUGACAUCUUUAUUUUCUUGAUCCUUU